UUCUCCGACAGAGUGGAUUUUCCUGGGGAUUCUCCGCUCCGGCUAUUGGAGUGACAGCUGAUUACUCCGAUUUCAUAUUCGCCAUAUUUGCGUGAAGUUUUUUCAUGUGAUUGUGUUCAUUCCUUAUUUUCGGCUCCGUUCUCCUGAUUGGAAAGCUUUAGUACUUCACUUCCUGAACUUGGAAACUUAAGGGCAGUUAAACGAAAAAGGUCGACGCUCACAGGCAAAUCCAAGAAAAACUGGAACAAAAUUAUAGUUUGGAACGCAAUUCCUAAUUAUUUCAGAUUGUGAAUUGCGUUUAAAAAAAGAUCGAAAUGGACGGUGGAUUUUCUUCUUAUCACAAUGGUGGGCCAACUCCUCAGCAAGAUUUUGGGAGAUUAGCACAAACAAUAGGCACAUCGAUAUUAAAAAUUUCACAAAAUGUGUCGUCAAUGCAGAGAAUGGUCAACCAACUCGGUGGUUCUACAGAUUCUCAGGAACUUAGAAACCAACUGCAUCAAAUACAACAUUACACCCAGCAGUUGGCUAAAGACACUAAUGUCCACUUGCGAGAUUUGGCAAAUUUGGCUAGCAGUUCCGGAUCUAGUAGCCCCGGAGAACAACGGCAACGGAAAAUGCAAAAAGAGCGACUCCAGGAUGAAUUCACAACUGCACUGAACAGUUUUCAGGCAGUGCAAAGAAAUGCAGCCACGAAGGAGAAAGAGAUGGUCAGGAAGGCGAAGGCUAGUGCUGGCGUUGGUCUCUUCAACGAGAGAAAGCAGGAAACGUUGAUAGAGUUGCAAGAUAAUCGAACCCAGAAGCAAAUUCAACAACAGCAGAUACAGGAAGAGCAGAAUCUGCGAAUGCUUGAGGAACAAGAAGCCAACAUCCGUCAGCUCGAAAGCGACAUCAACGACGUGAAUCAAAUUUUCAAAGAGCUGGGUGCUCUUGUCCACGCCCAGGGUGAAAUCGUGGACUCAAUAGAAGCUUCCGUGGAGCGUACGGAAGUGUUCGUGAACGAAGGGACCCAACAACUCAGGACGGCAGCGACCUACCAGACCAAAUUGCGCAAAAAGAAAUGCAUUCUCCUGAUUAUCGGCGUUGUCGUUUUGGCCGUUUUGAUUGGAAUUAUAGCCUGGCAGAGUUCUUAAAACACAUUUUCCUAACAGUUGGUUAACCAAGCAUGUCUGCUUUGAAGGCAGCAGGCACCAGUAAUGAAAACUUCCUUGCGGUUUAGAUCGAUUUUUAAUCGCAGGAAUUGUGGCGAAUCCAUGUCAAAAUCGGAAGCUUAAAUCGUGUCGCGAAACUAUACAAGUUUUAUUUAGAACGGUGAUAAUAGAAUGCAGCUUUUCACUGAACGAGAGACGUUCCAAACGAGGGAAAGUUCUGUUUUUACAAUUUCCCAAAAGUCCAUUUGUACGAUAACUUACUCGCCAUAAAAUGUUAUUAUAUUAUAUUACAAUUAUGUAUAUUAUUAAAUCAUGUAACUUUAACUUGAUCGUAUUCUUAAUCGAUUGGGGAAAACGUAAACGAAGUGUCUUGAGACGACGAGAAUGGUUAUUGAGUGGCAAUUUAAAUUAAAUAAUUUAGUAAAUGGAAGUGUAAAAAGCAAUAGCGGGUUUGUUGAAGGCCGAUGCGAAUUGAAUUGUAAAACUAAUGUAACCGGAUAUGAAAGGGCGCUUGCGAAUGAUCUGCAAAUCAUUCUUCAUUCCUUACAAUUAGUUUAAUUGAAAGAUCAUCAAUUUUAGAGAUUUAAUUUUUGCAGUAUACUUUAUUACGUAGUGUUCACUUUAUUUAUAGAAUGUUUAUCAACAAUCGUAUGUAUUAUAACGUGUCAGAAUAGCGUUGAUUUAUUUUAAUUAAAAAAUAUAAUAAAUACUUUAUGCAAGAAAUUAUGUUAUAUUUUACAUUUAAAUAUUUUCGAAAAUGUGUUUACGGCUUUUGUAAGUUUCUGGAACUUAUGUGCCAUUAAUAGUUAAUUGUAUUGAUUGCGAAUUAUUUUGAGAACUUUGAGGUGUAAUUGACAGAUUGGUUUAAAUAUGUUUUAUUUUAUUAUAAGCUAAAUUGACGAUUGUUACUCAUAUAUUUAUAUUUAGAAAAUAUUCCAAUAAAGAGAAGGUGCAUAUUUA